AUGUUUUACAUUAUGAAUUCAGGCAUGCUAUUACGUAAAUCAGAAAAAACUACACUCAAAACAUCAAAGUUGAUUUUUUACUUUUUGUGCAUUUUAAAAUUGUGUAGUCCUCUGUCAACGUUAACAAAGUUCGGACGGAUUUCGAACCAUCGUGGUUCCGACUCGUGCGUUAGAGAUGCUGCAGAUGUUCAGUAUGUUUAUUCCUACGAUUCCCACACCAAAUGUGUUGCUAUGUGCUCCGCGGUGGAUGGUUGUGUUGGUUGCAGUUAUUACUCCGAUUCAAUGACCUGCCAGCUUUUCCUCAAUAGGUCUCUCCUUGAUUUGGAGUUUAAUGCUUCAACGAGUUGUGUGUUCUUCCAGCCGCUGUUGAAAGGCGAGGAGCCCAGUUCAGCAUUGCAGUUUGAAUGCGAAGUGAUCCUUGUCGCGAUCCCAUGCAGUUUAUGCGAUACGUAG